UUAAGCUGUGCAGUUGAUGUUUUGAAAUGUCGGAAGAUGUGGGUACAGUGUUUGUGAAAGUUACAUGUCGGGGUGCUGUGUAAUUUUGAUAAUGUCAACAGAAUAAGAAGACAUCCUCACAAUGUACCUGUUGCGGGCGACAAAGUUCGGAGGUCAUCUUCAUCCGAAAAGGUUUUUUACUUCGAGUCCACAACGUAUGAAAUCUCACUACGAUGCUUUAGGUCUUACACCCAAAGCAACACAAAGUGACAUUAAGAAUGCAUAUUAUAAAUUAUCAAUGGUAUAUCACCCUGAUAAAAAUAAAGGAAGCGAAGAAGCAUCCCAAAAAUUUCGUGACAUAACAACGGCGUAUGAAGUUCUCGGUAAUUUGAAACUGAGAAAAUUGUAUGACAAGGGUAUACUGCACACUGCAGGGCCGCAGUAUGCAUCUGCAGGAACGGUAGAUGUUGAAGACCAUCCAGAAGCGAAAUUCUAUAAAUCGAGGAUGCACCGAGCUAAGCCCCCAGCACCUACUGGAAGGACACCUAUAUAUGACUUCGACGAGUGGACGCAAGCACAUUACGGUGAAACUUUUGCCCGUAAACAGAAAGAUAAAGCUAAAUAUGAAGCGCGCCUCCAAAGGGAAGCAUUCUUUUCUCAUGACAAGCAACACGAGGUGAUAUUUUAUAGUCUCGUACUUGGAGUAGCAGCAUUUAUGUAUGUAUUGAAAGCGCAAGAUGCAGAAAAAUAUGAUGUUGUGAAGGAUAGAAAGAAGGCUGUGACCCCUGACAACACAUCAUCAAGUUGAGAAACUACGUGCAUAAUUAAGAGUAGCUUCAGUGUGCCAUGGGGACUCGAUUUUUGUGAAGCUGUGCACCAAUCUGUACAUAGUGUUUUACUUAAAAAGCAUUUGUCAUGCUGCUGGCUUGCAUUGGCAAAUGAUGUAUAAGUUAAAUAUACUUGAUUGUUUGUGGUCGCUGUAUAAGUCAAAUAUACUGGACUGUUGUAUGAUUGCUUUGUCCUUCAGUAAUACUGCUCUGAGGUUAUGAUGGUAAAAGAAGAGUCAUGAACCAUGAUGCAUUGAAGUACUACAAUAGGUAGACAGUGUCACAUGGCAACAAUAAUAUUUGUCAGACCCUGUCACAUGGCCACUAAGUGAAUUUUAUGAUUUUUCUGGGUGGCAGUUUGCUACAGUUAGAAUAAGUAGACCAUUUAAGAGUGCCACUGAAUAUUUCAUGGAUACAGCUCAUAUACUAGAAAAAUUUAAAACAAAAUUUUGUUUUUCAGAAAUUAUAUCUCACCAUGAUAAAGCACUUAACACCCCAAUUGUAUAUGUAACUGUAAAUAAGAAUAAAUAUUUAUUGUUUGAAAUAA